AACGAAAUAAAUUUUUGAAAUAAAAAAAUAAAGAAAUAUUUACAAAAUAUUGAAAAUAAAUUGAAAAUUGAAAAAAACCACAGAAAGUGUUUUGUGUAAAAUGUGCAGAUCAAAAAGAAAAUAAUUAACAACAAAAUUGCAUUCGAAAAGAAAUUCUUUAAAAAAUAUUUAUGCCCAGAAAAUACUCUGCCCAAAAAGUGUGAAAAAAAUAUUUGGGAAAAAUAUUGAAAGCAAUUUUCGGAAAGAAGUUGUUUUGGUGACUUUGCUGCGUUUUGGGCGUGGAAAGUCCGUGCAAAGUGUAUUCCAGCGGUUAUUCCACGUGUUCCGAUCCGGCCGCCAAAAUUAUUACGCACAAUUCCCUGAGCGUGUACGGUGGCGGCGUCAUGUGCGCCUCCCCGUCCACGGCUCCCGGCUUCUUCAACCCGCGGCCGCAGUCCGGCGCCGAGCUGUCCGCCUUCGAUCUGGGCCUGUCGCGCUCCAUGACGCUGGGCGUGCCGCCGCACAGUGCCUGGCACGAUCCCAAUUUGGGUGGCCAUCUGCACGCCUCGGCCGGACCCGGCUCGCUGGCGGGCACCAACACAAGUGGGGGCGGCAACGGUGGUGGCACCACGCCCAGCAGCGUGGCCAGCCAACAGUCGUCGGGCAUCAAGCAGGAUCUGUCCGGCUUGACCGCCUCCACGGCGAACCUGAACCAAAGCGCGCAUCACGUCAUCAAGGAGGAUCUCUCCAGCUUACCCAGCGCCAAUGGCAGCGGCUCCACGUCCGGCCAUCACACAAGCGGCGGCCAGUCCGGCCACGGCUCGGUGGAUCUGGUGCCCAUCAUCAAGGGCUCACAGUCGGCCAGCUGCCUGGGCGGCUCGGCGGGCGGCAACAACGGCGGCAGCACCACGCCCAGCUCCCAGGCCAACAGCUCCCACUCCCAGAGCAGCAACAGCGGCUCCCAGAUCGACUCCAAACAGAACAUCGAGUGCGUCGUCUGCGGCGACAAGAGCUCCGGCAAGCACUACGGACAAUUUACCUGUGAAGGCUGCAAAUCGUUCUUCAAGCGCUCCGUGCGACGCAAUCUCACAUAUUCGUGUCGGGGCAGCAGAAACUGUCCCAUAGAUCAGCAUCAUCGCAAUCAAUGCCAAUAUUGCCGCUUGAAAAAGUGCCUCAAAAUGGGCAUGCGACGCGAAGCUGUUCAGCGUGGCCGCGUGCCGCCCACACAGCCCGGCCUAGCUGGCAUGCACGGCCAGUAUCAAUUGGCCAACGGCGAUCCAAUGGGCGUGGCUGGUUUCAAUGGGCACUCGUACCUCAGUUCCUACAUCUCGCUGCUGCUGCGCGCCGAGCCGUACCCCACAUCCCGCUACGGCCAGUGCCUGCAGCCCAACAAUAUCAUGGGCAUUGACAACAUCUGCGAGCUGGCCGCACGGCUGCUCUUCUCCGCCGUCGAGUGGGCCAAGAACAUACCCUUCUUUCCGGAGCUGCAGGUUACCGAUCAGGUGGCACUGCUGCGCCUUGUCUGGUCGGAGCUGUUCGUCCUGAAUGCCAGCCAAUGCUCGAUGCCACUGCAUGUGGCGCCGCUGCUGGCUGCCGCCGGCCUGCACGCCUCGCCGAUGGCGGCGGAUCGCGUGGUUGCAUUCAUGGAUCACAUACGCAUCUUCCAGGAGCAGGUGGAGAAGCUGAAGGCGCUGCAUGUCGACUCGGCCGAAUACUCCUGCCUCAAGGCCAUUGUGCUCUUCACCACCGGUAAGUUGCUGGACAUCCUGUACAAGGAUGUGCCCGCACUGCUAACCAAAGUUUCAGCACUGCUCGGCAGGCGUGUGGAUGCUGGCAGCUCCGCUGAGUGCAGCCACGAUGACGUCAUUGCUGUGGUACGCGAACAUCUCGAUGAGCUGAAUCGCUCAGAGUUUGAGACGCAACUACAGCAGGCGCCCAUCCACUUGGCGACCUUCAUGAAGAGCGUGGCUGGCGUUGAGGCCGCAGUGCAGCAGGCAGAGCAGCUCCAAGUUAAGAGCGAUCCAGGUGCUGCUGCUCCUGCUGUGCCCGUUGUGCCCUCUGCCGGCAGCGCUUUCAGCAGCUGCGCCAAGUCCAGUGCCAAUGCCAAUGCCAAUGCUGAAGUCGAUCUGCUUACCGCGCUGUAUGCCAGCUCCAACGGCAAUGCCGGCGGUGGCAGCGGCGGCAGCAGUGGCGAUUCGAGCGGCAACAGCAGUGGCUUAGGCGCCUCGCUGCCCACCCAGCCCUCCCACCACAGCGCCUCAUCCACACACAAUGCCAGUGCCAAUGCCUCACCCACUGCUUCCGCAUCCGCAUCCGCUGUUGCCCCCGCCACGAGCAGCUCGCUGGCUGGAGCAUAUCAGACGCCGGCGGGCAUGUUCUAUCAGACGCCGCCGCGCAGCGCCUUCGGCUCGGCCUUUGAUAUGUUCCAUCACAGCACGCCGUUCGGCGUUAGCCAUGCGGCGGCGGCAGCGGCUGCGGCGGCCGCUCACAGCGGCAGCGGCGCCAGCUUCGGCAGUCCCAGCUAUAGAUAUUCGCCAUACAGCCUAGCGGGCAGUAGAUGGCAGCUGUAGACCCGAGGCCCCGCCUCCCUAACCACCCGCCCACCUUAAGAAUCUCAGUUGUUUAGUUUACCCAGCUAAACCGUUGGGCUUAGAUUAUGUAACUGUAACUUAUCUAUUUAUCAAUGUCGUACUUAAACUAUGUAUCUACUGUAAAGUUAAAUUUAGUGCCUAUUGCUUAUGUAUUUAUUGCCUUAGUCUAAGUCCUAAAUUAUUUUAGCCGUAAUCUAGUUUAGCGAACAACUUUACCAAAAAUCCAUACGAACAAAGAUAGAAGAAGCUGAAGCGAGAGGAGUAGAGAGAAGUUGAGAAUAUACGCUGCUGUUGCUGUUAAACAAAAAAUUAAUCCUAACCUGUGUUUUUACUCAUUCCAUUUGUUACUAAUUCUUUAAGCUGUUGUUGACUAGUUCUAAGCGUUUUAUUUUGGCCCUUUUCGUUUUUUUUUUUUUCGUUUCAUUUAAUUAUUUUCAUUUAUUUAUUUUGAUUUAGUUGAGAACUAACAACGAUUUGUGGCUUGAUUACUAACCUUCAAUUUAAGAUACUUUGAUUAACGGUUUCCACUGUAGAUUCGAUUGGAGCAAUCAAUUGAAUGAAUGCUUCAAGCGAAAAUUCCAAAAAUUGAAAGUAUUUAUUUAAAAUAUUUUGAACAAACUCAAUAUAUUUGACAACCAUAGAAAAUGGCAUAGCUGCUUUUAAAUACUAAUUAAUAU